AUGGAUAAGAGGCACUUCCUACAGCGCAGAGCGAUGAUGGCCGCACGAUGCUCGCUCAAUGUCGCGCGUCCCGCGCGCGUCGCUCUUCCGGCGUCGUCGAGACGCCGCGCCGACGGCGUCAGAUCCAGGGCUCGUCGCGUUCCUCGCGCGGCGGAGGCGGACGCGAAGGCUGCGGAGGCGAAUGUCGCCGUCGAGGAUGAGGACGACGACGAGUUGGCCGAGCGCAAGGCGGUGUCGGAGCUCGUCGGUUGGUGCGUGUCCAAGGGCGCGCAGGGCAGCGGGCUCUCCGUGCUCCUCCCGGACGGCAGCGGACGCGGCCGAGGGCUCGAGGCCAGCCGAGACAUCGAGAACGGCGAACCCGUGCUGAGGCUCCCGCUGGAGAUGGGAAUAUGCGACUACCAGGACGGCCAUCCCGCGGAGGCGUGGGAGGUCAUGUCCAACGCACCGUGGGGCGUUCGGCUCGCGUGUCGACUCCUCCAGGAACGAGCCAAGGGCGAAGACUCCGACUACGCCCCGUACAUCGCGCUGAUCCCGGAAUCCGUCCCGGGAUCGCCGCUGAUGUGGACCGACGACGAGGUGGCGUCGCUGCAGUACCCGCCCGCGGUCGCGGAGGCGCGCGAGAUGCGCGACGCCGUCGCCACCUGGUUCCGUAAGCUCUCCGCGGAGGCUCCCGUCGCGCUGGCGGGUGCCGACCUCGACGCGUUCAAGUCCGCGGUGUCCGUCGUGCACUCGCGCACGUACGGCGUCGCGUCCUCCGCGUCAGGCGAGGGAUACUUCCGCGCGUUGCUGCCCCUGGCGGACUUGCUCAACCACGGCGGGGACGAGUACCCGGAGUCGGCUUCGUCUCCGGCGAACCGGGGCGGUAAAGCAAACAAAUCGCCCGCGUCGCCAAAGUGGCCCCCCGCGGGAUGCUCGGACAACAUCGCGUGGUCGGAGCUCAGCGACGAGGGGGUGAUCGAGUUCGCCGCGACGCGCGCCAUCGCUCCGCACGAGGAGGCGGCGAUGUCCUACGGCGAACGGAGCAACGAUCACUUUCUCGUGUACUACGGAUUCGUCCCCCCGCGAAAUCCCCACGACGACGUCGUGGUAUUCGCCGACGUCGAUCACGCGCUGUCGUGGCACAUGGUGUUCCACCCCGAGCUGUGGGACGUGGACGAGGCUGAGACGGCGGUGAGGGAGGCGGCGGCGAGGGCGGCGGUGCGAGAGGUGGAGAAAGCGCUCGCCGAGACGACGGACGGAGCGUUGGCGGCUUCGGAACCCCGGCUGAAGGUUUUGCCCGGCGGUCGAUGCGACGCGAGGCUCGUGUCCGCGUUCGCCGCGGCGUACGCCGGGACGGAGGGCGUGGAGGGGGUGGAGCGCGGGGCGCCGGUGGCGGCGGUGGACGUCGAGAGCGCGCACGCGGACAUUGCGAGGCGGUGCGCCGAGCUUCUUCGCGCGAUGCCGACGACGCUGGCGGAGGACGUCGAGACGAUCAAAGACGGGGAGAGUUUCCCGCCCGUGAGCGAGGGCGCGAGGGUGGCGGCCGCGUACAGGGCGCACAAGAAGGAGGUGCUGAUCGACGCGGUACUGGCGCUGGGCGGUGAGGCGGUGAAGCUCCCCGACGACGCGUGA